AUGCCGUCGACCUCAAGCUGUGCCCGAUCGCUCCUGCUCCUGCUUUUACCCCUGAUCCUCCUCCUGCUAUUCCUACUCCUGAUCCUGGUUUUAACUCUGAUCCUCCUCCUGCUUAACCCUGAGUCUACUGCUAUUGCUAUUCCUGCUACUGCUGUUACCCCUGAUCCUACUCCUGCUAUUCCUCCUCCUGAUCCUGGUUUUAACUCUGAUCUUCCUCCUUCUACUCCUGCUAUUCCUAUUCCUGCUCCUGCUGUUACCCCUGCUCCUACUUCUGCUUUUGCUCCUGAUCCUACUCCUGCUGUUACCCCUGAUCCUACUCCUGUUCUACCCUUGAGUCUACUCCUGCUAUCCUAUUCCUGCUCCUGCUAUUUGCUCCUACUUCUGCUUUUGCUCCUUGAUCCUACUCCUGCUGUUACCCCUGAUCCUACUCCUGCUCUACCCUUCUACUCCUGCUUCCUAUUCCUGCUCCUCCUGCUUACCCCUGCUCCUACUUCUGCUUUUGCUCCUGAUCCUACUCCUGCUGUUACCCCUGAUCCUACUCCUGAGUCUACUCCUGCUAUUCCUAUUCCUGCUCCUGCUGUUACCCCUGCUCCUACUUCUGCUUUUGCUCCUGAUCCUACUCCUGCUGUUACCCCUGAUCCUCCUCCUGAUCUACCCUGA